GCAGCUAUAAGCAAAGCGAAAAACUAAAGUCUCAUUCUUAAAUUUGGAAGCCGCUUAACCUUAAAUCUCUCAAUCUCAAUCUCUUACAAAAUUCUCUCGAUUCUCUCCAUCUCAUUAUUUUUAGGGUUUCAUUUUCAUAUCAAAUCUCUAACAGUAACCCUUUUAACACUCCAUAAUCAUUAAUCACCCAGUUUUUUAGGUAACUCUUCUUCUUCAUUAAUCAUGUCUAGGGUUCAUAAUAUUUUUGUUUUGAGUUUUUACAUAUUGGUUUCCCUUUCUGUAUUGAAUUUAGUCUAGUUUUUUUUCUUUUUUUAAAGAAUCAUGAACUGAAAAAUCUCCAUUUUUAGUAGGUUUUUAGUUUUAGAAGCUGCUAACUUUGAUCCUCAAAUUUUUUGGUUUCUUAUAAGGAAUAGUUUGGUCAAGAAACUUAACUUUUUUUACCACUUUUCAGUCAAUUUAGAUUGCUUUACCACUUUAACUAAUCACUUCAAUUACAUUCUACCUUAAUCUUUUCAUCCUUCCACUCAAAAUGGCUCCAAGAACAAGGGCAAAACCGAAGCCGAAACCGAAGCCGAAAUCCAAACCAACAAGAAAACCAAGAAUAACCCAGUGCAAGAAUCUGUCCAAGUCCAAGAACAUCCAAGAAGCAUCAAUAAUCGAGGAUUCCCCUUCGUGUUCGUCCACCGCCACGAGUUUUCGGAUUGAUUCGUUCGAGUUUGAUGAUACUAAUUAUAGUACAAGUGUUUGCUCAACUCCAAAGGCUAAGAAAUUUAGAAUACCAGAAAUAGAGACAUGUCCACCAGCACCAAAGAAGCAAAGAGUCAUUUCAAAUUGCUCAUUGAAAAGAAGACCAAUUGCUUUUUUUGCCUCACCGGAUUUAGAGUUAUUCUUCUUCUGUGCACUUCGUCACGAUCAUAUCUCAGUCUGAUGUUUGUUUGUUCAUAACAACGAGACGGAUCGUUUCGAUAGUUUAUUAAGAGGUGAUCCUUAUAAUUUAUAUAAAUAGUUGGUGUUUUUUUGAAUUUGAUCAUUAAGGUAUAGUAGUUUUUUUGAUGUUCAUUAAUGAUCAAUUAAAGGGUUUGUUACCUUUAUUUUGUUUGGUAGUAUUAGUUUAGUUGGAUUUCCAAGCUUGUAGGGUAUCACUAAUUGCUAAAGUUAGCUGGGUUUGUCCAACUAAAUUUAGCCUUAUGCCAACUACUAUGUAUUGCUGACUUAGCAAGUUUGAAAAGUGAGAUAUGUAUUGGCUUGAUUUAAGGUUUUUGAGUGUGAUUAAGUUUUAAUUAA